CGUGUAAGCGCAAGUGUAUUCAGAUUGCUCCCUGAAAACAGAGUGAAUUCCUCAGUUUCCAGACGCUCCACAAAACAGCAGCAGCACAUGUUUAAUUCUAUCAGCUUCCACAUCUGAAAGCUGCAAAUUUUCAAACAGAUGCUUAUCCUCUCUAAGUUUAGAGUUUACUUUUAAAGGCCACCUUUGGGCCUUCAUCCUCAAGAGUCUAAUUUUAGAUUGCCAGACAUCAAGAGGAUCUUUGUAAGAGCAGGGAGGCCCACCCAUCUUAUCUUCUUCUUUUUUCCGGUUAUGUAUGUCCAUCAAAUGGAUGGCUAAUGCAUCACCAAAGUUCUGCAUGGGGAGCCUUGCAUCUUGAUUUGGUUGAGCUGCGACUUUUGCUGCUGUCUUUCCAAUAUAGAUUCCAAUAGAGAUGUACUUUGGGAUUGGGAGUGUAAUGGGGAAAGUGGAAAAAAAGGAGAUGUAUUCACCUUGAGUUCUGUCAGGUCUUCAAGCAAUAUGAUUUUCUGCCAGAAUUGUGCAUACAUGACACAACGGGAUGGCAACUGGUAGUGAAGCCGUAAAGCCAGCUGAGGCUGUGCUUGGGUGGCAUAAACAGGACAGCAAGAGGAUGCUCCAUGCGGUUUACCGUGUCGGGGAUCUGGAUCGCACGAUUAAGUACUACACAGAAUGCUUUGGGAUGAAGCUGCUGAGGAAAAGAGAUGUUCCUGAUGAGAAGUACACCAACGCCUUCCUUGGCUUUGGACCAGAGGACACCAACUUCGCACUUGAAUUGACAUACAACUAUGGUGUUGACAAGUAUGACAUUGGAGAGGGCUUUGGGCAUUUCGGAAUCGCUAAUGAGGAUGUGUACAAGUUGGCCGACCAUAUUAAAUCCAAGGGUGGCAAUAUCACUCGUGAACCUGGUCCUGUCAAGGGAGGAUCCACUGUUAUUGCCUUUGCACAGGACCCUGAUGGCUACAGGUUUGCCCUUAUCCAGAGGGCUGAGAUACAUGACCCUCUUUGCCAAGUCAUGCUUCGUGUUGGUGAUCUUGAGCGUUCUAUCAAGUUCUAUGAGAAGGCCCUUGGGAUGAAGCUACUAACGAAGAAGGAUGUACCUGAUUAUAAGCAUACCAUUGCCAAAUUGGGUUAUGCCGAAGAGGACAAGACAACUGCUCUGGAGUUGAUAUACAACUAUGGAGUCACAGAAUAUAGCAAGGGCAAUGCAUAUGCUCAGAUUGCCAUUGGCACCAACGAUGUGUACAAGAGUGCAGAGGCAGUUGAUUUGGCAACCAAAGAACUAGGUGGCAAGAUUUUGCGGCAGCCAGGACCUCUACCUGGGAUCAACACUAAGAUCGCCUCUUUUGUUGAUCCAGAUGGCUGGAAAGUGGUUCUGGUUGACCAUGCUGACUUCCUCAAGGAACUUCAGUGAAGACCGAGACACUCAGGUGCUGUCCCUGCUCGUCUGUGAUGUAAUAAAUAAAAGGCAGGUUGUUUGUUUCUGCCAUGUUGCAUGAACCAAAAAUAAAUGUUGCUAGAUGUUGUGUUUCUGCUAGUGAGGUUUGGUAUUUGCUACGUGGUUGUGUGCUACUAUUAUGCAAUUGCUACCUGUAGCAACAUGUCUAUUGCGGUGGAUCAGAUGGUGUGGUUUAGUCAUUUAGUGGUUGAAUGGUGUUGGUUCUCCCUGGUCCA